GCAAGUUUUUCCUCAGUGCUCCCCUCUGCUGCAGCCCUCACCAGGCUCUCCUCGUCCUCCAACAUGGCCUCCUACAGCUCCUCAGCCCAAUCCGCCUCCUCCUACCGCCGCCACUUCGGCCACGGCACCUACGCCUCGCCCUCCCUCAACCGCUCGCUGCUGGGCCAUGGUGCUGGCGGUGGGGCUCAUGUCUCCUCCAGGGUCUACGAGGUGACCCGGAGCAGCGCAACACCAACCUACCGAGUCUCCUCCGGCUACUACGGGAAGCCCCUGGCGGCCUCCCGGGCUUCAGUCGGGCGCUCUUACGCCGGCAUGGGCGAGACGCUGGACUUCAGCCUGGCCGACGCCCUCAACCAGGAGUUCUUGACCACACGGACCAAUGAGAAGGUAGAGCUGCAGCACCUGAACGACCGCUUCGCCAGCUACAUCGAGAAGGUCCGCUUCCUGGAGCAGCAGAACCAGGUGCUGGCGGUGGAGGUGGAGCGACUGCGUGGGCGCGAGCCGACGCGCAUCGCCGACCUGUACGAGGAGGAGAUGAGCGAGCUGAGGAGGCAGGUGGAGAUCCUGACCAAUCAGAGGUCACGUGUCGAGGUGGAGCGGGACAACCUAGCCGACGACCUGGACAAGCUCAAACUCAGACUCCAGGAAGAGAUCCUCCAAAAAGAGGACGCAGAAAACAACCUGGCUGCUUUCAGGGCGGAUGUGGACGCUGCCACUCUGGCCCGUCUGGACCUGGAGAGACGCAUCGAGACGCUUCAGGAGGAGAUCGCCUUCCUGAAGAAGAUCCACGAAGAGGAGAUCCGCGAGCUGCAGUCGCAGAUGCAGGAGACUCAGGUGCAGAUCCAGAUGGACAUGUCCAAGCCGGACCUGACGGCAGCGCUGAGAGACAUUAGAGCCCAGUACGAGGGCAUCGCCGCCAAGAACAUCGCCGAGGCUGAGGACUGGUACAAGUCAAAGGUGUCCGACCUGAACCAGGCAGUGAGUAAGAACAAUGAGGCGCUGAAGCAGGCCCGGCAGGAGACCAUGGAGUUCAGACACCAGAUCCAGUCCUACACCUGCGAGAUUGACUCGCUCAAAGGCACCAAUGAGUCCCUGAUGAGGCAGAUGAGAGACAUGGAGGACCGCCACGGCGUCGAGGCCGGUCGCUUCCAGGAUAACAUCGCCCGGCUGGAGGCGGAAAUCGCUAACAUGAAGGACGAGAUGGCGCGCCACCUCCGCGAGUACCAGGAUCUGCUCAAUGUCAAGAUGGCGCUGGAUGUGGAGAUCGCCACCUACAGGAAGCUGCUGGAAGGGGAGGAGAGCAGGAUUACCCUGCCUGUGCAGAGCUACUCCACCCUGAGCUUCCGAGAGACCAGCCCCGAGCACCAGCAGCGCGCCUCUGAGAUGCAUUCAAAGAAAACCGUCCUCAUCAAGACCAUUGAAACCCGCGAUGGAGAGGUUGUCAGCGAGUCGACGCAGCACCAGCAAGACAUCAUGUAACCGCGUGUGAAGGAAGAAAAGAAACACAUCUGUCCCUCCCUGAGUGGGUAAAGAAACAAAGAAAGAAAAGAUGUGCAAACACAACUCGUAAAAGUAAAAGUAAAAAGACUUUACAAACUCAUGAUUGCGGCCUGUACUGUUCUUGUUUUAAAGUUACUGUGAUAAAAGAAAGGUGGCAUUUAUCAUUAACUUUAUCAGGGUUUAUUAACAGCAUAGCAAGAAAUCUCCAUCUAACAGAAUCAUUUCUGUGUUGAAUUAUUGCCUAAAAACCUUUUAUUGUCUUUGAAGAAGUUAAAAAAAAUCCUAUAUUUUAACUGUCCUCAAUAGAAAUCAACUUGUUUCUGUAGUGGAAUCAUAAACAGGAAACAAUAACAGAUAAAAAUGACUCGAUAAGAUGAAGAUUUUUUAAACUAAUUACAGCAUUUCUGCACCCGAAAGAGGACACAGACGCAAUUAAUCAACCUCCUGAAUAAAAUACUCUGUUGGUGCAAACGCUUCCUGCUCCUCAGUUGAAGUUAAAUGUCACAGAAAAUCUUUUCACAUCGACCGAGCACAUGCUCUUCUUCUGGGACUCAUUUUCUGCCACAAAAAGUGUACAGACGGAUCCAAAUCCACAAUCGAACAUGCAUUUUUCUUGCAUAAUGGUUCUUAUUCUGUUUUUUUUCCAUUUACAGCAGCCUAUGUACUUUUUGCCAAGGUCCAAUCGGGAGCAUUAAAGAGAAUGAGGUGAACCGUGUUUGUGCUUAUCAAUAAAGGAAUGCAUAAAGGACAGAUAAAAAGGAGGAGAUGGAGGACGAGAUUAAAGGUGUCUGGAGAUGAAGAUAGGAGGAAAGAGGUUGUGCGAGGUUGAAAAUAUGAGAGAGAGAGAGAGUGAGGAGGGAAUCAGGAGAGAUAAUCCUUGUUACUUUCAAACAUUAUUUGCUAAUAAAAGUGAUUUCAUGUUA